UCUGCAUCUCUGCGUCUCACUACUAUUGUGCCGGUGGCUCAUAGAGCAGGUUUUAGUCUGUGCAGGCAUCCCCGCUUCACUCGCUGAGCGUGCUUCUAGAAUCCGUACCAUCGCUACGUGCUGAAGACCAUCCGAUUCACAACUCACACCCCACCGUUGCAAACCUCCAGUCGAUCUGAGGCCUUUGUCGGCCGUUGAUGAGCCACAGCAUGAGCGGUCGCGCGCAUCGCACGGUGUACGUGGGCAACCUCCCCGGUGACACGCGGGAAAGCGAGGUGGAGGACCUCUUCGCUAAGUACGGCAAGAUUCUCGACAUCGAGCUCAAGCUCCCGCCUCGCCCCCCUGGCUUCGCGUUUGUGGAGUUCGCGGACCCCAGGGAUGCAGAGGAUGCCAUAAGGGGUCGAGACGGCUACGACUUCGAUGGCAACAGGCUGCGCGUGGAGCUGGCGCAUGGUGGUCGGCGGGGGCGGCAGCUUCGGGGAUCGCCGCGGCGAUUUCCAGCCGCGCGGGGGCGGGCCGUCUCGCAGGACGGAGUACCGCGUCAUUGUGAAAAAUCUCCCCACCUCCGCUUCCUGGCAAGAUCUCAAGGAUCACAUGCGGCGUGCAGGCGACGUGUGCUUUGCACAGGUCUUCAAGGAGAGCAACGGCAUGAUGGGGAUCGUGGACUACAGCAACGAGGAGGACAUGAAGUAUGCGGUCCGCAAGCUAGACGAUUCGGAGUUCAAAAACCCUUUUUCUCGCGGCUGCUACAUUCGAGUGCGUGAGGAGAGCAAGACCGGUCGCGAUCGCAGCAGGUCCCCGCGUCGCCGCGAGCGGUCCCGUUCACGGUCUCGCUCCCGCUCUCGCUCCGCUUCGGGUUCGCGCUCCCGAUCCCGCUCCAAGUCCAAGUCUCGCUCGCGCUCUCGAUCGCCCAAGAAGAGCGGAUCCAAGUCCCCCUCUCGCUCCCGCUCUCGAUCCAAGUCUCCUGCCAAGUCUCCCGAGCGUGCUCGCUCUCCUGCUGGCAGUGAUGGGAAGGCGGCAUCUGGUUGAUCGUUGCAUUGCUCGCUGAACCUCAUUUAGUAUGUAUGAUUCACUUGUGUGUGCAGUGACCGAAUGGGAGCUUCGCGUUUGUUGCUUGUUAGAUUUGUAUAUUAGUGGAUAUGUUUGUGUAUUUUUUAAAAAUGGCUAAAUUGAGUGCUCAAGAUAAGGGCGUUUCCGAAGUGUUUUUUUUGUAA